UUGCCGCUGCCCUCAAGUCCCCUGGGCUCCCAGCAGCUGCUGCCAGCAUGGCUGAGGCCCCUGCCAACCCAGGAGACGCAGACCUUGAGCAGAGGAUUUUGGAGGUGCUGAGGGACUCUGGCUCCCCCGUGAAGACGGCCCAGCUGGUGAAGAAAUGCCAGGUGCCCAAGAAGAAGCUCAGCCAGGUCCUCCACAAGAUGAAGAAGGAGUCAAAGGGAGUCCUGCUCGUAGGCCCCGCGACGUGGUGCUUGGCCGAUGGUGGAGCCAAAGAAGUGGUUCCCGCAGAGCUGGAGAGGCCCCAGGAAGAUGCAGUUGCAGUUCCCCGGAAGCCUGGCCCUGAGCUCAGUCAGCGGCAGGAAGAGAUCUUCCGGUUUCUGGAAACCCAUGGGCCCCAUAGAGCCCUGAUCAUUGCCCAGGCCCUGGGAAUGAAGACAGCGAAGGAAGUCAACCCAGACUUGUACGCAAUGAGGAACAAGCACCUCCUGGACUUAGACCAGAAAUCAAACUCUUGGGCUAUUUAUCAACCAGAAGGUUCUAGAAAUCAGUCCACCCCAGUUAUUUACCAGCAAAAUCCAAUCAACAUGAUCAGUCAGAAUGGACCAAGCAGCCACAUUUCCAUUGAGAACUCCAAAGGCAUCCAGAUUGGACACGGGAAUGUCAUAGUGAGAAAAAUGGCCUCUGGGGAAAAUGGCUCCACGGCUCCCCUCUACCUCCCUCCAAUGGCGCCCACUGAUCCCUCAACUCAGGGUCCCCUGGCUGGAUCCUGGGGGCCCCAGGACAUCCGGAUGGAGAAGUCUGUGCUCAGACAUGUACAGAUGGGACACGGCAACGAGAUGAGUCUUCACGGCAGCCCAGCCAAGGGCCCUGCCCACAGCGCCUGUGGCAGCCCCCCAGUCUCUGUCCUGGGUACCGGCCCGGAAGCUUCCAUCGAAAUUCAAAUCCCCGAACCAGGACCUCACUCCGAAGGGGGCAUGGCCCAGAGAGUCCACAUUCGCUCGUGCUUCCUGGAGGACACCACCGUAGGCAACAACAACAAGAUGACCAUCAACCCAGGGGCGGCUCAUCCCGGAGGAGUCGCGAGGGCUAGUGAGCCAGGAGGGAGCGCAGACCCUCCCUCCGGAGCUGCAGGAUCCAGAAGCGAGGUCCCUCCCAGCGGCGGUCAGGCUGCCCCCGUCAACGUUGAGACGCUCAUCUCAGAAGAGCUAGCGGCUAUGACGCUCCAAGAGCCACGGUCCCAGAAGCGCAGAGAACCUGCUGAGCGACAGAGCCGCAAGAACCAGUGUCCCCGGAGGGUGGGACUCAGAGCAAGCAGCCUGCAGGCGGACUCGCGCAGGAAGGCCCUGGGAGCCAGUGAGCUCUGCUGCCUUCAGUGUCGUUUUUGACCUUCUCGCCUCCUGACACGUGGCCGGCGUGCAUCCGCAUUUGGGCUGGGCCCGGCGUGGGGCGAGGGCAGGGCUGCUGGUGGCAGGGGCAGCCUGCCAGGGGGGUCACCUUCCCGGGCCCGCCAUCCAUCAGGGCCACCCGUUCUCUGCCCUUCACUCAAGACCUGACUUCCUCAAGGCCCACCUUGGCCACCUGACCACUUUACCACCUGACCUUUCUAGAACCUUCCUACCUCGGCCUUGAGGGCUAGGGAUGGACCACUCUCUAAAGUUGCCAGAAAAGGGAUGCCACCAGACAGGUAAGAACCUCAGAAGUCGGCUGUAUCUCCCCAAGCACUGGCCAGUGAAUUCACUAGGCACAGAGACCCUGUCUUUUCACUCUUGAACCUCCAGUGUACGCUGGACCGGCCCCUCCACUGACCACCUCCUGAGUA